AUGUUAUGUGUGAUCUUGAAUUCUCUGAGAAAAGUACAAAGCACGUUUUAUAAGUAAAUAUGAGACAAAAGAUUCAUGGCUUUUAAGUCUUAUAUCUAUAGUAAAAUGAGUUAAAACAUGAUUGUUAUGUUCAUAUGGGAUUCCCAUUUAAGUAUUUUUCUGGUGACGUCAUUAUUUAUCAACAUAUGUAGCUGAUACAAGACACUUGUAACAGAAUUUCAGCGUCGUAGAGUUUGUCAAAGGCUUGAAUAAAUUUAAAGCUGAUAAUUGUGUAUAUAAUGCGUAAAUAUUUGGUGUAAAUAGACAUAGUUCAUAAGAAAUUGAAAUAAAAAAUGAAUUUAAAGCGACAAAUUGGUGUGUUUGUGUGCGCACUAUUGGUAAUUACAAUUACACCGGUUUCUGGAGAAAUAAACCCUGAAGCUUUGAUAAAAGUCGUCGAAUUUGGAUGGAAGGCAAUCAAAGCAAUUCUUAAAAUAGAAUCCUUCAUCAAAGACAAUAAAUUUCAAGACGAUGUAAUUGAUGCAUUAGGUGAGAUUCGCGAAAGCACUGCACGGAUUGAAUAUUUGAUAACCGACGAAGCUGAUCGCAUCAUCAGAGAGUUAUCGUUGAAAAUUGACAUGCAAAUCGUCCACAAGUUUGUUGAAACUGUUGAUCAAAUAAAUGAACGGUUUGAAAACAAAUUUUUGAAAUAUUUUAGCGGCAGUGAAACGUAUGAACCCGAGACAAUUGAAAGUUAUAUAAAUGCAACAAUUGAUGAGUCUAAAUUCAGGAAAAUAUUGUCUAAGAUACGAGAGUUUGCUGUACCUAGGAAUUUUAAACCCGGCUUAUUUGAAAUACUACAUAAUUAUUUGGAAUUAAAAGCCAGUCAUGUUCGUGAUUGCGACGAAGGAGAAUCAGCAAGUGAUCAAAUCUUCUCAGUGUUUAAUCUUGCGAUGACUGGAGUAAUGAAAGGAUACUCUAUGGUGACCCAUGCUUACAAAUAUCUUCAAUUGCAUUCCGCAAGUCCUAAUACAACAUACAAGUGUGAAAUGCGAGACGCUUUAGAGGAAUUUCAAACGACGGUUCAUCAGGUCGCCAGAGCUGCGCGAAUUAUCACGGAAAUUGAAUCUAGAUCAAUUCGUCGAUGUGAUCCUGAAAAAUUUGAAGAAGGUGAAAAUUAUGAAAGUUACCAAUUCUUGACAACUUUUGUUACCAAUGAUUAUAUAUUAAGCAAUAGAAAAUACAUUAUAGACGGUCUUUAUACAAAUCAACGAACAGCUGCAUUUUGCGAUGGGGAUAUUUAUGAUAAAAUAUAUGAAGCAUGGUCUUUAGGAGCUUGUCUGGCGCCAGUGAAUAGCAAACGACGCUAUAACUACGUAUCAGUAUUGGGAGGAGAUUUUUACUAUUAUAACAAAGGUCGUGAAACUGAAGACUGUGAAAUCGAUUAUGGAUUGAAUCAUUCUAAAUGGCAGUGGCACUAUUACUUCUACAGAUACAUUUGUGAAGAGCCUGAUUAUAGUCGAAAAGCUGCUUAUUUUAAUACUACAGCACAAUACUCUGACUUCAAUAAUAAUCGAGUUAUAACAGGGAUUCGUUUGGUUACUAAAUUGUCAAUAACGUAUUUUGAAAUUCAACAGGGAGUUCUUGUGAAUGGUACUAUUGACAACACUACUGUCGAGUGGGAUGAUAGAGUCACUAGACACCUAGACUAUUACGAAAUCAAUCACCUCUUCCCUUCUUAUACUAAUGGCGAUUUAGUUAGACUCACUUAUAACUUGAGAUCUUUGAAUUUAGAUGAUGUAGAUUUACCAGCUGGAAUGGUUGCCGUUGGUGUUCAAUUUAAACUUGUGAAGAAUCGAUUGACAUUUCAAGUAGCGGGCAUGCGAGUAGUUGACGAAUCAGGACAAUUUGUUUCUUCAUCAACAGUAGAAUGGUUCAGCAAAAAUAAUUCUAAUAGAACUGAAUUAAAAAUAGGUGAUCUUGAUAUUCCAACAUUCAGUAACAAACCGAAUUUAGAAUUAAGCAAACAAGGAAAAGAAUUCGUCAAGUUCCAAAUGUCCAGUUGGAAUAUAGACGGUAGUCAGACGUUGUAUCCUUUUAUAGAUUUACAAAAUGUCAUUACUCAUCCACCAGCACCAAUUGGAGGUAUUGGGUUAUUUUACAAAGGCCAACAAGGAUUUGGAGGAUUCAUUGCUCCAAAACUCAUAAGUCUUAAUACUACUAUUUUAAUGAGUGAUGAGUAUUUGAAUAAUAUUUUUAAUGACACCGCCACAAUUGAUUUCUUCGAGCGCUUGGGAGAUUGUUUAAAUCAAAAUUUUAUAGAAUAUAAUGUCAUAUUUACAUAAAAUAAUAUAAUCUAGUUUGU